ACUUCAGAGGGAUAACUUUUUCUUCACCGUUAAACGCAGUCACAAGCUUCUUGCAACCAUUUUUACGCAUUCUGAAGAAAAAUUAGGAGCAUGUUAGGAAUUCUCUGUAAGCAGGAUUAUAGCCAUCCUUGGUAGGAUCUUGGAAGCUGCCUUGAUUUAAGGCCAGUAAUAAAAAAAAAAAAAAACAGUGUGAAUCAACCUCCAACUAGAUAAAAACACUCAGGUUGGCUUUGUCCGGAAAAGUAAUUUCAACUGCCCGUUCGUUGAGGCAGACUUGUAAUUUAGGGGAGAAUGAGGCGGUUCCGCGCGCAGGGUAAGCCUUGGCCUGCGGCUGGGCCACGCCGGUGGAACGUCGCCUUCCGGUCUUUGUGUCUUCGCGCACGCGCUAUGGCGCCAACUCCGCCUCCUGGAGGCGCCGGGCCCCUUGCAAGGCGGGGCCCGGGGCGGUCUUGUGGGUGUGACGUCACUGCGCUCGAUACUCAGUGUUGCCGGGCGGCGAUGGCGGCUCCCCUGGAGUCCUCCGGGGAGGAGCAACUGCGGAACUUUGUGCGAGUUUUGGAGAAGCGAGAUGGCACGGUGUUACGACUACAGCAGUACGGCUCCGGCGGCGUGGGUUGCGUUGUUUGGGACGCUGCCAUCGUCCUUUCUAAAUACCUGGAAACGCCCGGGUUUUCCGGCGAUGGGGCCCACGCGCUGAGCCGGCGGUCGGUGCUGGAGCUGGGCUCUGGCACCGGGGCCGUGGGGCUCAUGGCUGCUACCCUCGGGGCAGAUGUCAUAGUCACCGACCUAGAGGAAUUGCAAGACUUGCUGAAGAUGAAUAUUAAUAUGAACAAGCAUCUUGUCACUGGUUCUGUUCAAGCCAAGGUACUGAAAUGGGGGGAAGAAAUAGAAGACUUUCCUUCUCCUCCAGACUACAUCCUGAUGGCCGACUGCAUAUACUAUGAAGAGUCUUUGGAGCCACUGUUGAAAACCCUAAAAGAUCUCAGUGGAUCUGAGACUUGUAUUAUAUGUUGUUAUGAACAACGAACAAUGGGAAAAAAUCCAGAAAUCGAGAAAAAAUAUUUUGAGCUUCUUCAACUAGACUUUGACUUUGAAAAAAUUCCUUUGGAAAAACAUGAUGAAGAAUAUCGAAGUGAAGAUAUUCACAUUUUAUACAUCAGAAAGAAAAAAUCGAAAUUUCCGUCGUGAAAUCUAGUCAUCUUACCCAAGCCUCUAACAACGUGGGUAAGCUAACAUUGUGAAUGGAGCAUGUGAAUACAGCAUGGGAAGAUUGUGUUCACAGAUUUUACCAGCAUGUCCUUAGGGAUCCGAUAUAUAGACAACCACCACGGGCUGCCUGCAUUACGAAAAAUGAUUGACUGACUGCCUGCCUGCCAGCCAAUGGGCCUGAAAUCCAACUUAGUUUACUUUUAGAUCGGCAUCAAGUUCUGCUUAAAAGAAACAUGUUUCAGUCACUCCUCAAAUAAAAAUAGGUACUGAGGUUAGCCUAAAGUCUGCCAAAAAUAGUGAAAGUAGCAUGGCUGACUUGGCGUAUUUUCAGGAAAGUAGAGAUAAGUUGAUCCGGUUUCUAAAGAGAAAUAUCAAUUACUAUUUAAUAAUGUUUAAAUUCAAAUCAAUAAAUUUUAGCUUGUCUUCAAGAUAAAUUUAAAAGGUUUUUAUUUUAACGUAUUUAUGCAGUGGUUUUUAUCGUUAAGUAUCUUCCACUUCAUUGCUUUUAAGAUAACUUUAAUACUUGUGUUCUUUUACUUUAAAAAAAAAACAUGAAAAUACUGUUUUGUGGCCAAGUUCUGUGCUUUUCCUUCACCACACUGACUACAGUAUAAUUUACUAUGGGAGUUAGCUAGUAGAUUAUACCAUAGUCAGUUGAUAAAGAUGAAAGUAAGAUAUCGGGAGACUGGGAGGGAGGAAAAGGUAUCUUUACAAAAUUGUUUAUUGGAGAAUGGAGUGAAAAUAAAAAGUCCGGCUUCAGGCUGUCGCAUUGAUGUGGCUCCUGCACUUUCCCUCACGUAUAGCUUCCAGGAAAAUGCGGCUAAAGUCACUGGUGUUAACUUGUUUAUAUGAAACAGAGAAAAGUAUUUAAAUGACUACAAAUGUAGUUCUGUAUACGUUUAUCAAAUGAUUUUGAUUCUGUGUGGUCUCUGUUUUAUGUUCUCAUGAGAAUCGUCUGUUCACAGACUGAUCUAUCAGGACUUCAGUCGCAUGGUUCCAAAGUGUAGUGGUAACCAGAUGGAAUUCUGGUACUUACAGGCAUUGGUGCUAGGUGGCACAAUGUAUAUGUUAAAAUAAACAUUGUUUUUGAGAU